UUCAGGUUCUUAGUGAGAAAGUCAAACUUUCCAAAUUAACGUAAAGUAAUAUACAAUUAAAAAAAAUAAAAAUGCCUGCAAAAAGUGACUCAAAUCAGCGAAAACUAAAACCCCAGAAGAUGCCAAGAGAUUUGAGACCGAAAGAUACAUUAGGAUUGGGCCACGGAGCAGAAAUAGUUGGCAAAGUCUCAACUUACUAUGGCUUGGACCGCUGUUCAAUACCUAAUUCUAAUAGCUGGGUGGCUGAUAAGAUUCUACUUUCGUCGAUCGUGCCUCUGUGGUGCGGAAUCCCAAUUUCUCCUGCACAGAUGGAAAUAACACCAUUUUCACACGGAGAAAAAAAUCCUGGAAUUAUUUCCGAAAGAGGUGCAAUUGAAUCCUCUACAGCAUCAGGAGUGAUUUCCGAGAGUCACUUAACUGGAUCCCCUAAGAGAUCAGGGUGCUGCCCUGAAUCAGAUCUGAAGUGCUGGUAAUGCAGCCGGAGUAAGUUUCGAAUUAUUUAUAAAAACUGAAAAUUGCACUCUGUUGUAAGUUAAGAAGAAACCAUUAUCCCUAAGGUAUGAAUUAUGUUUGCAUCUAAGUGCUCGCCAAAUGGAUGUCAAGCUUUCAACGUGAACGUAUACAACAUCGCAAAUUUUUGAAAUGAGAUUGGAAAGCCUUCUUUUUGUUUGCUUUCCUGAAUCGUGUGAAAUGAGGAAAACAAAGCUUACAUAAUUAAAAUUGUUUCGUGUCUGUAAAUAUACGUCUAUACAAAUAUACGUCUUUCCGUUCAUAUUUAAAGAGACUAAUGAACGAAAAAUAAAUAUUGUUUCUUACAGACGAUGUUCUACAGUGAAACAAAAAUAAAUUUUGCUGAGUUCGAAAAUCUUGAAAUGAAUAAUCGAUAUUUUAUAUUAUCAAGCAUCGUAUAUCAGUGAUUAUAAAUAAUUUUUGAAAAAUUGGUUGUCAGUAUUUUCUAAAAAAAUUAUUAUAAUGUAUAAAUACCAUAUCGAUGACUAUUAACGUAUUUUUUGCU